AUGGCGACGUCUGUGCUGCCAGUUGCCUUGCAGAAUAAGCUGCUUGGCUAUGGCAAGGCUCCCAGCGCCCAGCUGGCUAUCCUGAACCUGGACCUAAUUCGAAAUAUCGUUUUUAUCCUAUUUCUGUUUCGCUACGUUCGAAAGACGUUCUAUUCUCUACGAGGCUACGGCUUCGUGGGCAGCAUCCGCAAUAUCCUACUCGCGAUCCGUUUAUAUUUCUACUCUAUCUUUCUACGAUUCCCUGGAGUUCGGGGACAAGUCGACAAACAGGUUUCGACUGCAAUUGAAGGCCUAGAAUCGAAGCUUGUACCGAACGAUCCUGGCAUUACACGAUAUCUCACUUUGCCGAAGGAAGGAUGGACGCCUGAGCAGAUUCGCGCUGAGCUCGAAAAACUUGGUAAUAUGGAGCACACACGAUGGGAAGAUGGUCGUGUCAGUGGUGCUGUGUACCAUGGUGGGAAGGACCUGAUCAAAAUCCAGGCCGAGGCCUUCGAGCAAUUCGGUGUCACCAAUCCCAUCCAUCCGGAUGUUUUCCCAGGCGUUCGAAAAAUGGAGGCCGAAGUUGUUGCAAUGGUCCUCGCGAUGUUUAACGGUCCUUCCGAUGGCGCCGGAGUAACGACUAGUGGCGGCACUGAAUCGAUUCUCAUGGCUUGCUUGGGUGCACGUAACAAAGCGCGCGCUGAACGAGGCGUGACAGAACCUGAAAUGAUUAUCCCCGACACUGCUCAUGCUGCAUUCAUCAAGGCCUGCAACUACUUUGGUAUGAAGCUGCACCGUGUUCCAUGCCCCGCCCCAGAGUUCAAGGUCGAUGUCACUGCGGUGCGACGACUGAUCAAUUCCAACACUGUUUUGCUGGUUGGUUCCGCGCCGAACUUCCCCCAUGGUAUCGUUGACGACAUUCCCGCGCUAUCUCGGCUUGCCACCCAUUAUAAGAUUCCUCUCCACGUCGACUGCUGCCUGGGUUCAUUCAUUAUUGCACAUCUCAAGAAGGCUGGUUUCCCAUCGCCUUACGAAGAGGAGGGGGGUUUUGAUUUCCGCCAACCAGGUGUUACUAGCAUUAGUGUCGACACGCACAAGUACGGGUUCGCGCCGAAGGGCAACUCGGUGUUAUUGUACCGGAGUAAGGCGUACCGCAGCCACCAAUAUUUUAUCUACCCUGACUGGUCCGGUGGUGUCUAUGCGUCUCCUUCGGUUGCUGGGUCACGGCCAGGUGCGUUGAUCGCAGGCUGCUGGGCCAGUCUCAUGAACGUGGGUGAGUCCGGCUAUAUCAAAAGCUGUCUUGACAUUGUCAAUGCGGCGAAGAAGUUUGAAUCAGCCAUCAACGAGGAUGCACGCCUUUCUAGCCAUCUCCAGAUCGUUGGACAGCCCAUGGUCAGCGUUAUAGCAUUUGAGAGCAAGAAUGUUGCCAUUGACAUUUACGACAUUGCUGAUGACCUUUCCUCUAAGGGCUGGCACCUUAAUGCCCUACAAUCGCCUCCCGCCAUGCAUGUUGCUUUCACAAUCCCCACAGCUGCUGCCGUUGAUACGCUCAUUACAGACGUGAUUGCGGUUGUUGAGAAAGAACUGGAGAAGGCUGAAGAGCGAAAGCGCCAAGGCAAAUCAUAUGCUAUCAAACGCGGCGACACUGCUGCCCUUUAUGGCGUGGCUGGGAGCAUGCCCGAUAAGAGCAUCGUCAGCCGCCUCGCAGAAGGAUUCCUUGACACCCUGUACAAAGCCUAG